UUUACCCUAAUCUUCUCCCUUCGCCAUCACUUCAGCACCAGAGCAACGAGAGCGAGCCGCAAGCUUGGUGCUGCAGAAGAAGUGCUCUUCUUGAGAAUCCAUUUCUCAGAAGAAUAGCUUCCUUCUGCGGAAUAUCACCUUCAUAUAUAUAUAUAUAUCUGAGCAAUAAAAAAUGGCUCGCUCUCCCGCCAACGCUAAGCUUCUCGUCGAUGGUCUUUCCCUUUCUGUCUUCCGGAGGUGCUAUGCGGCUGCGCCACAAGGGGCAGUGCUCGGUAGGGAAGGGUCAAGAAGUGGUACGAUGAGGAAAGUGGAAGAAAGGGGUGCGAUUAAAGAAGAUUCAGGGGCGUCAUCUGCAUGGGCUCCAGAUCCCAUCACAGGGUACUACAGGCCAGCAAAUUGUGGUGCUGAGAUCGACCCAGCUGAGCUUCGAGAAAUGUUAUUGAACCACAGGGUUAGGCCACAGUAGAACGAGAAGAACUGGCGGCUGCCCACAAGGUUAUGGUCUGUGGUGGUGUUCACUCUCGUCCCUUUUGGGCAGCUUAUAACUUAAUAGUUUGUUUUGGCUUUUUUUGUUAUGAUGAUCUUCCAUGAGGAGUAGUAUUAGAAAUAUAUCCAACUUCCUAGCUAGCUCUUUUUAUGGGCUCUUGCA